CAAGAUCCAUCUCCCUCUUUCCAUGUUCGUCGCACUAAAUUGUAAAUAAUCCCCACCGAUCGCCUGGCCGUUACUGUCGUUCCUGACUACUUACAUUCCGCUCGAGUACGAGGACUCCGAAUGGAAUAGUAACGCCGCCUUUUCAAGACAUCUGUCCACCUGAUUCCAAAUGGCGUCGAUCCUCCGGCAGAUUGUUGCCGGGCCCAGGUUACAGCACCCCGAAGCCAAUCUAGAUCUCUGCUACGUCACAGAUAACGUUAUCGCAACGUCCGGUCCGUCGUCCAAUUACCCGCAGCGUGCAUACAGGAAUCCGCUCGAUGAGUUGGUGAACUUCCUUGACGCCAAACAUGGCGAGAAUUGGUGCAUCUGGGAGUUUCGCGCCGAGGGCACCGGCUACCCAGACGAGGAGGUCUAUGGCCGCAUCCACCACUACCCGUUCCCGGACCAUCAUCCGCCGCCGUUCGCGCUCAUUCCGGCCAUGAUGGGGAGUAUGAAGAACUGGCUGCAGCGGUUGGAUGAUCCGGCGAAGGGAAAGGACAGCUCGUCCGAUGGCGAGAAGGGGGGCAAACGGGUGGCGGUCGUUCAUUGCAAGGCUGGGAAAGGGCGCAGUGGGACCGUCGCUUGUAGCUAUCUGAUCAGCCAGGAAGGAUGGAAGAUCGAGGAUGCGUUGCAGCGGUUCACGGAGCGGCGCAUGCGCGCUGGGUUUGGGCACGGCGUGAGCAUCCCGAGUCAGUUGCGCUGGGUGCGAUACGUGGAUCGCUGGGCCAACCAGAUGGACCGCAAGUACAUCGAGCGACCGGUGGAGAUCCUCGAAGUGCAUGUGUGGGGAUUGAGGGAUGGCGUCAAGGUUGCGGUGGAAGGCUUUGUCGACGAAGGCAAGAAGAUUAAGAACUUCCACCUGUUCCAUCGCAGCGAACGCACGAUCGUCGACAACGGCAAGAAGACGGAGAAGGACGCCGACAAGACCAAGAGCGGCACCAACAGUGAGCCUCAGUCGGCCGUGACGGAAUCAUCGGCCUGGUCGAGUAACACAGCCCCUUCUUCGUCCUCCGAAGAGUCGAACAACCCCAUGAAACGGACACGUGCAGCCAUCUUCCGUCCCAGCAAACCGGUCAUCGUCCCCACCAGCGAUGUCAACAUCGACUUCGAACGGCGCAGCAAAGCCGCCUACACCGGCUGGGCAAUGGUGACGUCCAUCGCACACGUCUGGUUCAACACGUUCUUCGAAGGCGGCGAUAAAGAAGAUUCCGGCGUCUUCGAGCUCGAAUGGGACGCGAUGGACGGCAUCAAAGGAACCAGCAAGAAGGGCACCCGAGCGCUCGACCGAUUAAAGGUCGUCUGGCGCUACCCGACCCCAUCGCAGCUCGACAUCCCCAAACCGGGCAAGGAAAGCUCUUCCCCGAUCUCCGGCCAAACGAUCACAGAGCCCGAGCCCGGCGAGACCGCGCACGAAAGCAGCCCGGCUGACUGGCGCGGCGAAGAAACAGGCAAAAACAGCGCCCAAAUCACUCGGAACCAGGAAAACAUCCCCAUCCACCUCGAGCCGCCACGAGAAGGCCCCCAACCCAAGGGCGGCCAAGGUCAAGGCGACGAGUCCCAAUCCAACGACCAAUCCUAUCUAACGAGCAUCACCACCACCGCUGCCAACGCGGCCACCACGGCCGCACACUCGAUCCAAGAGCUCGGCUCUGAACUAGGCAAGGAGCUCGGCCUGCGUCAGCAAACCGCCGAGAGCCAGGACGUCAGUCUUGCCGAGAGCGACGACAACUCGUCGGUCCUGGGCCGGCGCAAGGGCAAAUCCACCAGCAACAAGAAAGAGGAGCCAUCGAAACAGCCGCAGGAGAAAGAUGAGAACGGCGACUUUGAAGGAACUCAGUCGUAUUUUGGAAACGGUAAUAGCAACACCAACACCUCUGAGAAAGACACAUCGUCUGGUAAAACGGAUGGAUGAAUUGGUUUCUAGACUCGAUAGAUAGAGACGCUAUGCUGAGAUGGUUCCUUUUCUUAUGUGAGUUUUGGGUACGGUGAAAGGUGUAAUAGGAUUGUCCGGUAUAUGCGGUUGGUUCAAUUCUUACUUUGUGAAUAUGCACGAGUGAUGGUGUAAAAACAAAUAGAUGAAUAAAUUUAUG